GACAACGAUUGGAGAACAAAACACCGGACACAUUCUUGGCUCUCUGUAUCUUCAAAACAGUCUGUAUCUUAAUAUCUUACUGGAAGAAAACUGAAGAAGUUAAUAACAAACCCUUCGAGGUGAAAAUGAAUACAGAUAGCGGUGGGUGUGCUCGCAAACGUGCCGCCAUGUCUGUUACGUUAACAUCUGUGAAGAGAGUUCAAAGUUCUCCAAACCUAUUGGCUGCAGGGCGUGAAUCUCAGUCUCCAGACUCAGCUUGGAGAUCUUACAAUGAUCGGAAUCCAGAGACACUGAACGGAGAUGCCACAUAUUCCUCUCUUGCAGCAAAAGGUUUUAGAAGCGUUCGGCCAAACCUGCAAGACAAAAGAUCACCGACCCAGGCACCCCCUCCACCAGCCAGAAAGGAGAGCUUUGACAGUCAGUCCUUGAUAAACAAUCAGUCAAAGGGUGACAUUUUAAACUCAUUAGUAACUAACAUACAAACGCCAUCUUGUACAGAGGACUUUACUAACUUUAAACCUCUCCAAGGAACAAUGCAUUCUAGUGAAGAUUCUAACCAGACACUAGUGUAUUCUGAGGAGUCCAGCACAACGGUGUCGUACACCCAAAAAAUCACUAACCCACUACCAGCAGCCUCUAGCUCCAGUCCUGCCCAGUUGGGAGACAUCAACACCCCAUUUCUGCAAGAAGACUAUACACAAGAUUCUCAAACUCGAAGAAUUUCUACCUUGAAACUAACCCCUAACCAGGACCUAGGAGGUAGUUUCCCCUUUAACACACCACAGUUUCCACAACCCACUGACAUUCCAUCAUUUCUGAAAAGGUCUUGCUCACCGAUCCCAAACCCAGACACACACACAGCAUCCCUUUCCAUUCAGAUACAUGAUCUUGAAAGCCACAAACAGUUCUCCGAGGUUCCUCCAGAGACUGCAGAGAUGCCUCUUCAGCAAGAUAGACAAAUGUCUUCAGAUGCCACGACCUGUCAGUCCCCAGCGAGCCAGAUCACUAUCAAUGGCAACUCUGGUGGUGCCGUGAGUCCAGUGAGUUACUAUCACAGGCCGUUCUCCCCCUCUGCAUACUCCCUCCCAGCCUCACUGAACUCCAGCGUUAUCAUGCAGCACGGCAGGUCGCUUGAUUCUGCAGAGACAUAUUCCCAGCAUGCCCAGUCCCUGGAUGGCACCAUGGGAAGCUCCAUCCCGCUCUAUAGAUCCUCCGAGGAAGAGAAGAGGGUCACGGUCAUCAAAGCCCCGCAUUACCCAGGGAUCGGCCCUGUGGAUGAGUCUGGAAUCCCCACAGCCAUUAGGACGACUGUCGACCGGCCGAAGGACUGGUACAAGACAAUGUUCAAGCAAAUCCACAUGGUACACAAGCCGGAUGAGGACACAGACAUGUAUAAUACUCCUUACACAUACAACGCAGGUCUGUACAACUCACCCUACAGUGCUCAGUCCCACCCGGCCGCGAAGACUCAGACCUACAGACCUCUUUCGAAAAGCCACUCAGACAAUGGCACCGAUGCGUUUAAGGAGGCACCCUCCCCAGUGCCUCCCCCACACGUUCCACCACGACCAAGAGAUCAGUCUUCAACACUAAAGCAUGACUGGGACCCUCCAGACAGAAAGGUGGACACCAGGAAAUUUCGAUCGGAGCCAAGGAGUAUUUUUGAAUAUGAGCCUGGGAAGUCGUCCAUUCUGCAGCACGAAAGACCCCCCCCUCUCCCAACAACUCCGACACCUGUUCCCAGGGAACCCAGCCGGAAGCCUCUCUCAGUGUCACCCUCAACAGAUGGCCUGCGUAGCCCUUCCCCUCCGCCCAGGAGCUGUGUCCCCGCACCCCGUCCGAGUGCCCCAGAUCUCUCUCCCACCCGGACGGGUCGCAUAAAUCCAGCUGACAUAGAUUUAGAAAAUGAGCCCUGGUAUAAAUUCUUUUCAGAACUGGAGUUUGGACGCCCGCCUCCUAAAAAGGCUCUGGAUUAUGUUCAAGAUCAUUCUUCCGCUGUGUCCAACGAGGUCUCCAUCUAUCAGUCCUCCAUAGACAGAAGCCUGGAAAGACCCAGCAGCUCUGCAAGCAUGGCCGGUGACUUUAGGAAACGGAGAAAGAGUGAACCUGCAGUGGGCCCACUCCGGGGCUUGGGGGAUCAGAGUUCGAGCAGGACCAGCCCUGGCCGGGCGGACCUCCCAGGAUCAAGUUCCACCUUUACAAAGUCUUUCAUUAGCUCUUCUCCUUCCUCUCCCUCGAGAGCACAAGGUGGGGAUGAUAGCAAAAUGUGUCCGCCCCUUUGCAGUUACUCGGGGCUCAAUGGCACCCCCUCUGGUGAGUUAGAGUGCUGCAACGCUUACAGACAGCAUUUGGAUGUCCCCGGGGACUCGCAAAGGGCCAUCACUUUCAAGAAUGGCUGGCAAAUGGCCCGGCAAAAUGCAGAGAUCUGGAGUAGCACUGAAGAGACCGUUUCCCCCAAAAUCAAGUCACGUAGCUGCGAUGAUCUCCUGAAUGACGACUGCGACAGCUUCCCAGACCCUAAAACCAAGUCAGAGAGUAUGGGUUCUCUGUUGUGUGAAGAAGACUCCAAAGAGAGCUGCCCCAUGACAUGGGCGUCCCCCUACAUCCAGGAAGUGUGCGGGAACAGCAGAUCUAGGCUCAAACACAGGUCAGCCCAUAAUGCCCCAGGCUUCCUCAAAAUGUACAAGAAAAUGCAUCGCAUCAACCGCAAGGACUUGAUGAAUUCAGAGGUCAUUUGCUCAGUGAAAUCCAGGAUCCUGCAGUACGAGAAGGAGCAACAGCACAGGGGGCUGCUGCACGGAUGGAGCCAGUCUUCCACCGAGGAGGUACCCAGGGACGUGGUGCCCACUCGCAUUUCGGAAUUUGAAAAGCUGAUUCAGAAGUCGAAGUCUAUGCCCAAUCUAGGAGAUGAAAUGUUAUCUCCUAUAACCCUAGAACCCCCACAAAACGGUUUGUGUCCCAAGAGGCGAUUUUCUAUCGAGUCUCUGCUGGAGGAAGAAACUCAGGUUCGACACCCUUCUCAGGGUCAACGAAGCUGCAAGUCUAACACCCUGGUGCCCAUCCACAUCGAGGUCACCAGCGACGAGCAACCUAGAACACACAUGGAGUUUUCCGACAGUGACCAAGAUGGGGUUGUGUCCGACCACAGCGACUACGUUCACGUCGAAGGGUCGUCCUUUUGUAGUGAAAGUGACUUCGACCACUUUUCAUUCACAUCCUCUGAAAGCUUCUAUGGAUCCAGCCAUCACCACCACCAUCACCACCACCAUCACCGACACCUCAUCAGCUCCUGCAAAGGCCGAUGCCCGGCUUCUUACACUCGAUUUACCACAAUGCUAAAACACGAAAGAGCUAAGCAUGAAAACAUGGACCGACCCAGAAGGCAAGAAAUGGAUCCUGGCCUGUCUAAGCUUGCAUUUCUAGUUAGCCCUGUGCCUUUCCGAAGGAAAAAAAUCCUCACUCCCAAAAAACAGACUGAACAGGCAAAAUGCAAAGCCUCAGUAGUUGAGGCUCUGGACUCUGCCCUUAAAGACAUUUGCGACCAAAUAAAAGCCGAAAAGCGGAGGGGAAGCUUGCCAGACAACAGCAUCCUGCACAGGCUUAUCAGUGAACUGCUGCCACAGAUUCCUGAAAGAAAUUCAUCUCUUCAUGCUCUCAAAAGGAGCCCCAUGCACCAGCCUUUCCACCCACUGCCUCCAGAUGGUGCUAGUCAUUGUCCCCUGUACCAAAAUGAUUGUGGGAGAAUGCCUCACAGUGCCUCUUUCCCUGACGUGGACACAACCAGCAACUACCACGCACAGGACUAUGGGAGUGCACUGAGCCUCCAAGAUCAUGAGUCCCCUAGAAGUUACUCAUCUACUUUGACUGACUUGGGCAGAAGUGCAUCACGGGAACAAAGAGGAACUCCAGAAAAAGAGAAAUUGCCUGCAAAAGCUGUCUAUGAUUUCAAAGCUCAGACAUCUAAGGAGCUGUCAUUUAAGAAAGGAGACACUGUCUACAUCCUCAGGAAAAUUGACCAAAACUGGUAUGAGGGGGAACACCACGGCCGAGUGGGCAUUUUCCCAAUCUCGUACGUAGAGAAACUAACACCCCCGGAAAAAGUGCAGCCCGCAAGACCACCACCCCCAGUCCAGCCCGGAGAGAUUGGAGAAGCCAUAGCCAAGUACAACUUCAAUGCAGACACAAAUGUGGAACUCUCCCUGCGAAAGGGCGACAGGAUUCUUCUUCUUAAAAGAGUUGACCAAAACUGGUACGAAGGUAAAAUCCCAGGGACCAACAGACAAGGCAUCUUCCCCGUGUCCUACGUCGAGGUUGUCAAGAGGAACGCAAAGGGUGCCGAGGAUUACCCAGACCCUCCCCUGCCCCACAGCUACUCCAGUGACAGAAUUUACACCCUAAGCUCCAAUAAGCCACAGCGUCCUGGGUUCUCUCAUGAAAACAUUCAAGGUGGGGGAGAACCGUUUCAGGCUCUGUAUAACUAUACUCCUAGGAAUGAAGAUGAGCUGGAACUCAGAGAAAGUGAUGUCAUUGAUGUCAUGGAAAAGUGUGAUGACGGAUGGUUUGUGGGAACUUCAAGAAGAACCAAAUUCUUUGGUACUUUUCCCGGAAACUAUGUCAAAAGGCUGUGACUCACCUCACUCCUACUUUACGCCACAUUUCAGCCACACAUCUGCAUUAACCCACCUGAAACAUCCCAGCAGGCCCCUUGCUGCCAUGCCUUACGGUUCCCAAUCGGCCAUUACCAUCUCCACCUGCCGCCAGCCACCAAAUCACCAGCAGGAGGGACUGCCUGCCGCUGGGAGCCUUGGGGAGGCUGGGAGCCUUAGAGAAACGGCAAGCUCACGCCCACAUAAAUAUGCAGUUUCCUGCUUUCUGCCCUGAACUUUGAAAUGCCUGUGUACGGAAUCAGAAUGAACAUGAUCGUACUUUUAAAAAGUGAAAUAAUUAAGGAAGAAAGAAAGAGGAAAAAAAAGAGAGAGACUCUCCAGGAGACUGUCUGGUGUCAUGGCUGAAUGUCACCUCUCUGGAAGGUGUACCGUCCUCAGGAAGCCAGAAGGUUUUGUUUUGUUUUUUUCUAUGGUUCUCAUUUUCACUCUCAGCUUGGCAGUUCAUUUUCCUUGAGUUUGCCUAAUGCUCUGGUUUACACUAUCUGACAAUUAUACUUCAGCUGUUCUUUGCCUGCACUUGUUAUAUACAUUGUUUCAUGCACAGUGAUUACAAAUCAGGAGCGUGUAGGAAAGUUCACUGGGACGAGUGUGAUUUUUUUGUUGAGUGCAUUACAUUUUCACAUGGGGGGAGGGGGGAGUCUUUUCCCUGCCCACGUUUUUUUGUGCUUAUUAGAGGUGCAAACAGCGAGCGAUUAAGAACCGUUGGUCGACUGUUACGAGACUAUAAAAGGCUUAGCCACACUACAGGACAAAUUGUGUUGUGAAUUCGCAUUGCUGUUUUGUGUACUAAAAUGUAAUCAUUGGCAUCGUGAACAACAAGCUCUUAGUGGUUUAUUUACCUGUUAAAACUUAAAAGCAGUGUUAGUGAGUUAGGCAGAGAGAUGGAAGUGAUACAGUCAGUAAGUUUCGCUACGUGCACACUGACACAUUUGAGAUAGUAGGAGGACAUAUCAUUCAUAUGCUAUGUUGUACAUUUUAUGGAAAUAUAAAAGAAUCCCACAUUAUUUUAUAGAGUACUUCAGGAGCAUCCUAAGUGUUAAGGCUGGCUUUAGCAAGGAUUAUGAUCAAUACAACUAUUUUUACUACAAUAAUUAUUUUUCUUCUAUGAGACCCAGAAUCCUGACUCCAUUUGCAGACAGGAAUAUAUAUGUGUUGAGCCUGAUUUUUUUUUCUGGUGUGUGUAAAAUACUUCCUAGGAAUACACUGGGCACUUUUGGAAAUAAUGGUUAAAUCAUUCAGGUUGUGUUCCUGUCCCCAAAACAGAUCUACAAAAUAAUACCAAACCUGAGAGAUUUCAUGGAUUUACGGUGCCUGCAUUCCACAUAGCCUGAGACUUAGCUUUGUAUUUCAAAUGAAUUUGCAUAAGACCUGUUCAUCUUUAGCACCUUAUAGACAAAACUUUUUAUGGCUUUUCUCCCAUGGGCAAUGCUUGAUCUUAUACAACACUUACACUCUAGCAUAUUUUGUACAUAUGUUUGUUCUCUCUCUUUUUUUUUUUUUUUGUACAGACUAUUUACUUGUUCAAAAAGAACAGUGAGAUCUCCCAAUUUGUUCUUUAUCCUGCACUUAAACCGAAUUUAAACUCUUUCAGCAGAUUGCCCUUCGUGGUAUCUUCACAGAUCACAAGUAAAUGUGAAUCUGAAAGAUAGCAUCCACACAAAAUUCUAUGAAUCGGAAAGAUCUUUGUAACUAAUCUGAAAUACACAUAAACGCCAGUUACAGGGGAGCAUUGUUGGGGGCAGGAGGUAAAGAAACAUCUUCGAGAAAUCCACUUUACUAUCAAGUUCACAACCAGUUUUAUAUUCGAAACGCUUGGGAUUGGAAACUCAGUCAGCCAGCCAGCCACAUGCAGCUUUGCUGAUAAAUGGAUACCUUUUCACACCAUUUAUGAAAACAAAACUUCAAAUCUGUUGCCUGUUCUAUUUAAGAAAAAUUGCUGUUUCUACUCUCUGUAUCUGAUUUUAAAAGGAAAAAAAAAAUUCACACCUGGCUUUCAGGUAACUGACUUUGAAUUCUUACAAGCAAAGGUCAUUGUGUUUUUUUCUUGAGUAGAUACCUAAUAAAUUUUGCUUGAAAGUA